GCCUCAGCAAACGCUGCCACGGCGACGACGCAGGCAUAGCGCCUGCGCGCGGCGCUCCGGAAGUGACGCUACAGGAAGGGGGCGCUCCAGGCAGCGGCAUGGCCCGAAAGGCGGCUGGAAAACCGCCUGAGGAGAUCUUGUUGGACUGGAAACGGGAGCAAGCCUCGUUGAAGACCCGUGUUGUGGACCGGGAUACGGAGGCUUGGCAACGGGACCCCGCCUUCUCAGGCCUGCAGAGGGUCGGGGGCGUGGACGUGUCUUUUGUGAAAGACGACAGUGGCAGCGCCUGCGCCUCCCUGGUGGUGCUCAGCUACCCAGAGCUUGAGGUGCUGUAUGAGGACUGCCGAAUGGUGACCCUGACAGCCCCCUACGUUUCGGGCUUCCUGGCCUUCCGAGAGUUGCCUUUCCUGGUGGAUGCAGUGCAGCAGCUUCGGCAGAGGGAACCCCGCCUCAUGCCCCAGGUCCUUUUUGUGGAUGGAAAUGGGGUGCUGCACCACCGAGGUUUUGGGGUGGCCUGCCACCUUGGUGUCCUCACAGACCUGCCUUGCAUCGGGGUGGCCAAGAAACUCCUGCAGGUGGAUGGACUUGAGAACAAUGCUCUGCACAAGGAGAAGAUACAGCUCCUAAAGGCUGGAGGAGACUCAUUUCCUCUGAUGGGAGGCUCUGGGACUGUCCUGGGCAGAGCCCUGAGGAGCCACGACCACAGCUCCAAGCCCCUCUAUGUCUCUGUGGGCCACAAGAUAAGCCUAGAGGCAGCUGUGCGCCUGACCCACAGCUGCUGCAAGUUUCGGAUCCCGGAGCCCGUGCGCCAGGCUGACAUCCGCUCCCGAAACUACAUCCGCAGGACCCAGGAAGUCCAAGGGGUCCCUGCCCCGCAGUCGGGGAGGAGCAAGGAGGCACAAAGGCCGAAGGCGUGCCCCCAAGAAGUCUCAGAAGAGCCUGCAGAACUACAGCUCCACCCUAACACCACCCUGGAAACUGGCAAGACCAGGAAAGGGGAAUUUUUAAGUAACCAGAAGAGUCUUUGUUUCAAGACACAGGCCACUGUGACAUCUUUCAGGAGUCUGUCCACAGCCUCAAGAUGAACCUCAUCGUCCUGUGUCUUCUAGGUGGGUGGGAAAUCUGUUUCCUCCUCUGGGCCUUCAGUGUUGUGUUGGGGAAAGCCACUGCUGUCCACAGUGCUGAACUCAGUGCCGUCAUGUCAGCCUGGGCUGCCAACCCAAGAUGCUGGAUGGCCUCUACUCUAGCUUUCCUCCUCUUCCACCGGGAUCCCCUCUGUCCAGGCCUUGUCUUUCUGCAUUGGGCUGUCUUCAGGCCCAGGACUUCUCACUCUUGUGAGCAGACCUCAUCUGGGCUCUGCAGACAAGCUUGAAUCCUGAAGUAAGGGCCUGUAGGUGUUUGAGCUGAGAACUCUCCGGAUUACAUGUGACAAAACCCAACUUAAACCACCUUAAGCUAAUAACAGGGGCUUGUUAGUUCACUCCAGGGCAGAGCUGGCUAUGUGUGGCCUGGCUGCAACACACGUCUGCCCUGUCCCUUUGACCCAGGGGGCCUCCCCUCUGGAUGCUGGAUAGCUGGCAGCAGCCCAGGCUUCCUUUCUCCCCUGUAGUGUUCCUGGGUGAAGUGUGUCCCUCUGUUGCAAAGGCUCCACUUAAAAGCCCCAGGCCUAGGUUCUGGAUGGACUGUGAUCAUUGCUUAAUUUGAUCACUGUGGCUGGAAGGGAGGGGGGACCAGGUGUCCAACCUGGAGCCAGGGAGUGGAGUCAGCCAUAGCCCACCUCAUGGAGGGGCAUUCCCCUGUGGACAGUGAGAGCACUGUCGUCAGAAGAAGGCGCACCUGGUUGGGGAAACUGAGGGAAGGGGAUGCCAGGCUCUCUCAGGACAUUCCAUUCCUAAAUCCCUCAGAAAGCACCAUCUCUUCCCAGCAGCACCCCAUCUUGUCUCCGGGUAAUUCUCUUCCCAUGCCAGCAGGGAAUAGCAUGAUUAAGGCUUCAUUAUUAACUUGCCAAUCUUGUUUCUGGGGCACAGACGUUAACGGCUUAGGGGACCCAGUUGGCAUAUAACGAGGUCUCCAUGACAAAUUACUUGGGUAUCAAUUAACCAUCUAGGGAAAUGUCAAGCAGGAUCCGUCAUGCUGGCAGCGAGGGACAGCCAGUUAACUCAGAGCAGUUAAUCCGAUCCAGGCCACGCAGUCACCUGCCUCAGCCUCCAGCAGGGCUGGGAAUGAGAAAAAGGGUCUGGGGUGCGGGGCGGGCCGGGCCUGGCCUCCAUCUCCCCGGGACACACUUCUGUAGUCAUGCUGGUGCACUCAGAGCAUGGCUCUCUUGCAGCCUGACUCUGUCCAUUCCUUCAUUCAUUCCACAGCCACCUGCUGGGUCGGGCCUGAAUUAGUCACUGCUGGUCAAGGGGUGGGGCAGUGCUGGGAAAAGACAAAUGUGCAGGUGCCCAUGACUUAUGUGGCCUCUGCAGGAUCCGAGAUGCAUGAUAAGAGCAUCCUCAGGGAAGGGUAAACUCGAUAGGGGUGAGGGCAGGGCAGGGAGGUAAAGGAGGAGUGACCAGGCCCUGGGUGGCAGUCAGGUGGCAGGCACCCAGGGCAGUGCAGACACAGAACAGCACGCUGAGCCAAGUGCUCAGAGCCUCUGGCAAUGUACUGGCAAACCUGAGCAGAAUUCAGCUACCUGACUCUUGAGCCGUAAAACUUGGAGACAGUUGAUUAAAACUUUUCUAAGCCUGUUUUCUUACCUGUAAAAUGGGGCUAAUAAUCCCAGUUCCCAGGAGUUUUGUGAGAGUGAAAGGGGCCCUGUGUAGAUGUUCCUGGCCCAGCGCAGGUGCUGAGUUUGGGUCUCCAUCCUCCUCCCUGCAGGUGAAGCCUGGGUCCCCCACUCUCUAGUGGGAGGCUCGGAUGGAGCACGUGCUGGGAAGAGGCACAAGUUGAGGCAUUUGGCCCAGGAGGAGGGUAUUCUGGAGGAGGUGGUGUGAGCUGUCCAGUGGGCCCACAGGCAGACAAGGCUGAGAGGCAGGGCUCAUGGACUCUGGACACCCCCACACGGUCACACCCUGCCUUUUGGGUUUUGCUUAUUUUCAGGAAAGCAUAGUGAUCACCUAGAGAUGUGUCCCCCUGGUGAGGACCAGGGACCAUGCUCCGAUCCCACCCUCUUCCCAUGCCUCUGCCCAUGCCGUCCCCCCACCUGGCUUACCCCUCUGGUAGUGGUGACCCACUCCAUGGUAGCCCCUACCCCAUGUCUGCUCAGCUGGUGAUUGGCAGCUGCCAUUUCCCAGCCCCCCAGCCAUGGAGCCUCAUGCUUAUUCAUGACACUGACAUAUGGCACCUCCAUGGGGGGGCACGGGGGGAUCGGAGCAAGCUGCCAAUUGUGAGAGUGCAGCGUGUCCCCAUUCGAGCCCUGCUGAAGCAAAACAAACGCAAGAUGUGAGGGGAGCAGAGGCGGCCCGGGGGCGUGCGUGUGCCGGUGCUUGUGCUUGCCUGCACUGUGGUGCUGGGAGGAGGGAGAACAACAAAGGGUGAGGCUGGGGGAGAGGGGUGCUGCAGGGCUUGGGACUGAGUUUAGUUGUCGUGGCUUCUGGGGUCUCAGUUAAUGGGGUCCUCGGAGGCCAAGCUCUCCAUCCCUCUGCCCCAGGCGGGCUGGCUGACACCAGCCUAAGACAGUUUCACCUCUCUCCCUGUCAUGUCUCACACAGGACACUGGGCACGAGCCCAUGAACAAGAUAAGGGCUUGGCAGCUAGCAGCCCCAUGUGCAGAUCCUUGAAAUGUUCUAAUUCUUUCCAGAAUCAGGAAAAUCUAGCUAAUGUCAAGUCAGAGUUCUUAGGGCUCCAGACUUAGCCAAUUUCUUUUCCUGUUUUAGUUGAGGGUGGAAGAGUGUGUGUACCGCCUCACCUCAGUGGAUGGGGCACUGCAGCCCUCCAGCAGUUCCCUCCCCCAGGCUGGGCUGGCCCUCUAGUGCUCCGUUGGCUACCCAUGGGCUAUCAGACUCUGCCCCUGGGCUGGGGAGGGCAAAGCAGAGGUAAAGACCAAGCUCUUGGGGUCCUCAGCCCACCCUUCCCCACUGGACCCAGGGCUAGAGGCUGCUGCCAUGGAAACAAGUCUCUUUGCCAACUGGCCACAUGCAUCCUGGAAACAGUAGCUGAGUCCAGGGACCAGUGGAUCCAGGAACUGUGACACCCCUCAGGAAGCCCAGCUCUAGGGUCCCUUGACCCUGCUCUGCCACUUGCCCCUGUUGGUUGUAAGAACUCAGGAGAGAGAGAGAAGCUUGCUGAGGGAGCUGGGGUGAGGCUGGGGCCAAGACAGACCGAGUGAGGAGCCCUAUGAGGCCCAGGUGAGGGUCCUACACUUAUGCAGGAGCUGGGUGCUUUGAAGCCUCUCCCCUAAGCCUUUAUACAUGCUUUGUUCAGUGACUGGCCCUGUGGGAUCUGUCCAUGGGGUCCACCAACCCCCUCACUUUGGGCCCUCCCCAGGGAGUCAGGGAGCUGUAGAAACCUGUCUCCCAAGGGAGCAGCCUGCUGAAGAGCUGGCUAUCCAGCAACUCGCUCCAGGGCUACUCUGAUUCCAGGCUCAGGCAUCUUGGUUCUUGGCCCUGGUGAGCUGUCUGGAUGGCCUGGUCUCGCCUUGGGUGAGGGGCCCCUGCCCCAGCCUAGUGUCAUGUGAGCCCCGCACUGGGCUGGCAUGCUCUCGUCCAGCAGGCGCUGGGCCACACUUGAGGCACCGCUGUGCAUAGAGGCAUCUGCUGCUCACUGUCUGGGGCAGAUGGGCUGCCAGUGAGCUAAGUGUGUGCGGGGGAAGGGGUGCCAUAGGAACCCCUUCCCGCGGUAGCGUGGGGGCGGGAGAGACAGGCGCCCGCCAAGGGAGAGCGGGGAGCGCAGGGAGGGAGGGGCUGGGAUCACAUGGGCUCCUGGUUUGGGGUAAGGCCCGUGGUACUGGUUCCUGGGCAAGGGGCUCAGGAAAUCCCAGCACAACCACCGAUGGGGAGGGGGGCCUGGAAGCACUGGCCGAGGCAGGGAUUCCCCUGUUAUCACUGGGGGCAUUGGGCAGAGGGCCUGAGGGAGCGAGUUUGGAUCAUCUUCAGGGUGCCUUCCAGUUCCUAAACCCUGAGCUUCAGCAGGCUGGGGGCAUCCUGCCAUCUGAGGGGCCUCCUGUGAGGAUAGGAGGAUGCCAGCACCGUCUGCUGUGGCUCCCAGAGAGGUUUUAGAAGUGCUGUGUGCCAGGUGCUGCCACUCUGCAGAGUGGGACUCGGUGUCUGCUUCUGCAGCCCUGCCUGGCCGCAGCAAGAACCAUGCAUUGUGGGUCCUGGCAGGUGAUAGGGGCAGCCUACUGGACCCUGGACCCCCAGGGCCACUGGGGCCCAUGAAAGGGAAGGUGUGGAAAAUCAACAAGGAAACAGCCCAAGACCACCAAUAGCCUCAGCAACGCACUCAUGGUGUACUGGAAGGGGCAGGGGCAGGAGUCAGGGAGGCCCACUAGGCGAACCCUAGAAUCUUGCUUUGGAAAACCUUAGGGCUUCUCAUUCAUAGUGAUGGUGAGCAGAGUCACUGGGCACACUCAGCACGCCCCUGGGACGCCACCCUGAGCACCUGGCCUCAUGGCCUUCAGUAAUCGGCCCAGGAGUAGGGGAGGCAGCCAUUACCCCACUAGACAGAGGGGGAGACUGAGGCUUAGAUGACGUGGCUGGUGGAGGCCUGGGGGCCGGGUGGUGGCUGAGCUGGGAAUGGAGCUGGAGGCCAGCUGGCUGGACAGUCCUAAUGGUCAGCUCAAAUGCCUGGGCAUCCCACGGGAUGAGGAGGGUAGAUGCCUCGACCCUCCACACUCCAGAAGCCCAGAGGAGGGUGCCAGGUGGGCCUGGUGUCCCCUCCUCCUCCCUCUAUCCCUAGGAGGCCCCCACCCCGCCCCUGCAGCCGCCUCCACCCGCCCGGCUGCAGUGACUCAGCUCAGCUGUUCCUCAGCCGCUCUGCUUGCUAGUGGUUGCCUUUCUUUUUCUUUCCCAACAUGUGACAUUGCCAUUGUGCUGUGACACAGUGACUGCCUCUGCCCAGGAGCGCCCAUCGUGGCCCCCUUGAGAUGGCCAAGGUGGCCAGAUGGCCAGGCCUCACCCUCAGACCCUGGUCAUAGGCAAAGAGACUGUCACCUCCAGAGCAGGCACAGUCCUCACCUUAGUUCCACCUGACUUGGGCACAGUGCCGGGGGACACCUGUCCAAAGUCACCCUCCACAGCUGCCUCACAACUCAAGGACCUGUGUCCUUGAAGUAGGUGGGGCAUCAAGAGGCCAGAAACCCUUCUAGAGAGGGUAACCCAGAAGGGACAUUUCAAGAAAUGGGUAAGAAAUGGAAAGAUGUGUCCUGGAGAAGACUAGGGCAGGGCAUUGCCCAUUGCCAAGGCCAGGGUUGGAGGGGCAAGUUACAAUGUAGGAAGCUUCUCUGAUACUUGGGACUGUCAGUGGAAUUUGCUGUUUUGUGAGGUGGUGAGCUCACUGUUCCUAGAAGGAUUCAAGCCCUGACAUGGACAGGAUUCUUCAUGGGAUUGAGCCCAGUGUGGUAAAGUUGGUAGGAAUAGCAUUAGAAGCUAGAGUUGGACAUUUGGGGUGGGAAUCUCAGGUUUAUGUAAACUCAGGCAAGUCAUUAGGCCUCUGACAGCCUCAGUCUUCCCUUCUGUAAAAUGGGGUUACUGUCUCCGUCUCAGGCAAUAGUGAGAAUCUAAGGAGACAAUGUAGGACAGGGCCGUGUAAACUGUGGAAUGCACACAGAUGUUUUUAUAUUCUAGUUCUGACCUAUGCAUCUUGAAGGUUCUCUAUCUCUGACAGCAUUUUCUGCCAAGGAUAGGAACGAGCCCCAUCAGAAGAAAUGGCCCAAACUCCAACAGGGAGGAUUGGGGGAGGGGGAAAGGAUGGCUCUGGGAAGUGGGAAGUCAAGAAAUGAGAUUGGGGGACCCACCCUUUCCCUUGUGCCUGGGGAGGAAAGGCAGGGCAUCUUCUCCUGCCUCCUGGACUUGGGGAUCUUGGGGGUCUGGGGCACAGGGGCACCUGGGAGCCCUCAAGAAGAUAGGCUGUUAGUGGUGCCUGGCCUUGGAAAAAAGACAGUGUUGGGGACACCAGAGGUGGUGGAAAGCUCUGUCUAGGCAGCCACAGCUGACUUGAGGUUUCAGGAGCCAAAAGGAGAUUUGAUGGUCUGGUGAAUGCUGGGCUAGGACAGCUGGUUUCUCCUGCCUGAAUGUUCCUUCUGCCUCACCUCUCCCCUUCAUCCCUUGCCCCCUUCUCAGUGGUCAUUUCUCAUGCCUCUUGAAGUGGAUUAAGUGGGGCCCCCAAAAGAUGGAAUCUUGGAGCCUCAGACCGUGACCAUAUCUAGAAUAAGAGUCUUUGCAGAUAUAACCAAGUUCAGGAUCUCAAGAUGAGAUCAUCCUGGAUUAGAGUAGGUCCUAAAUCCAAUGUCAGGUGUCAGAAGAGAAAAGCAGAGGGGGAUUUGAGACUCAGAGAUGACUCUGAACUUGGAGGGAGAGACAGGAGUGGUGCACCCACCAGCUAAGGAACACCAAAGGUCUCCAGCAGCCACUGGAGACUGGAAGAGAAGCCUGGGACGGUUUCUUCCUCAGAGUGCAGCAGCUGCUGGGCGUUUGGGCUGCUAAAGUCCUCUGUGAACUAAAGGGGUUCUGAGGUGGCUGCUGCUUUGCUGGGGUCUUCCUGCCUUGCUGGUGUUCUCUGACUCCCUUGCAGCUAGAGUGGGGGCAUGUGACCUGGGCUCCACCAACCAAGAUUCACCUGGGCAGACUGACUCAGAAGCAGGCAACACCAAAAAGCUUAUCCUCCUGAAUCUUUUCUAGCAAGGGUGGCAGCAGAAGGCCCUGGCUUUGGGGCAUCAGUGCCCUAUCACGUGUGGGCUGCUGGGUCUGUGCCCUAUGGGGAGACCAUGUGGUUGGAGUGUUGCUCCUGGUCGUGUGGCCACUGGGGAGAAACUUUCUUUUCCAGCAAGCUAGCCAGAGUGGGUCCUAUACUGCUGGUUCUGAGCAGUAGAGGGGGUAAGGAGACCUCUGUCCGUGGGGCAGGGAGGUCAUGCCCCAGAGAGAAGCUCCUAGAAGCCCUUCUCCUGCUAAUCCCAGCUGGAUGGGAACUGACCUCUGUCCAAGGACUUUGUGGGACUGGAGCUGGCCAAGAAGUCCAUGGAGAUCAGGGGGAGGAGACAGUCUGGGCUGGGAGCACCUGGUCAGGACAAGGUGGCCCUCGAUUCCCCACAGACUUUUCCCUGGGCUUGACACCCACUCUCCCCAUUUCAUCCUUCCUCAGGCCCCCUGUCCUCCUUCUCUCCCCUACACCCUUCUUGGAAAUGAAGUCAUCUAGAAAAAUAAUCAAAAAAUAGAAAGAAAAAAAAAAGCUAAGAAAAUGGGAUUUUUUUUCUCCCCCUUCAAACAUUUGGUAAGGCACCUCCUACACGGAUGAGUGUCCACCGGGGCCUGUUUUUGUCCGAGGGAGACUCAGGCCUGAACCUCUUGGGUGUAUAAGCCAGUGGGCCUCCCGACUCCCCACAAUGCAGGCUCCACACUGGACCUCUUCUGGCCAGCCAAGGCCAGCCCCUGAAGCCUGAGACCCCAGGUGAUACUUUCAGCAGAAGGCCCAGAAGCCCCUGAGGCAGAGGCAGGUUAGCAAGAGAGGGCAGGAGGGUUCGAGUUCAGGGGGAAUAUUAGCUCCCAAGUGAGGUCUCUGUCUCCAGUCUCUCCCGUGUUCCCACUGGCCCACGCUUUGCCGCAGAGUUCUCAUUUGUUUAUUUAUAAUUUAAACUCAGCCUGCUUCCAAGAAAGCUCAAGGCACUUGCUGAAAAGCUGCUUCCACAAGCUGGAAUGCGCUCUGUCAGCCUUGGGCUCAAAGCCCAUGGACACGACCCCGUUGCUCAGCCUGGCUCCCAGGCCCCCUGGCCCCUGCCACCCUGAUGUGCACCUGGAUUCCAGACACACCCUCCCUUCCAGGGCAGCUUGCUGGGAUGACCCACCUGGGGUGCCUCCUCCCAUCGCAGGACCAGCCCCUUCCUCCAUGGCCCCUUCUCUGGCUCCAACGGGAGGGUCCCUGGGGGCACCUGCACCUCUUUUCUGCCCCUCGGCCAUCUGUUCUGUCACAGUCGCCUGGAACAGGCUGCUCCUUUUGCUCCCAACUGAACUGGCCCGAUCUUUGAAGGGCUGUUACCAAGUCUCGUCACUCUUGCCAAUGAUGGGUGAUAUGAUGGUGAUGGUGGGGGCUCCCCUCCACGUCUGGAAUAGUAUUAGGCCUGGGGCACCACAUGUCUUGGCAUAGGUUCCCACAGCGGAGGUACAGGAAGGGAAGGGCCUGUAGGAAGGCCUGGUAGGGGAGAGACUGCAGAGGAGGGCAUGGGUCAUGCUGAUGGCCUCAUCUACAUGCCAGGUAGAGGCCAAACAUGCUGUUUUCUUGUCUCUUCAGGACCCAGUGACCAAGUGUGACUCCAUACACCUGGGGGCAUGGAGGGGAGGGAGGACCAAGUGCAGUGAGGACCCCGGUGGCUACAGCUGCAUUUGGCAGCCUCAUCCAAACUUCCCAGCCCAGCUGGGCCUCAGGACUUACUGCUUCCUGCAGGAGGAUCACCUUGAUCCUGGGUCUCCUUUCCCUCAGCUUUGCAUUCUUGGGCUCACUUUUCCAUCUUGUGGCAAAAGGAGCCCUGGCUCCUUUACAGAUCUGUGCAAGCCAGGGCCAGAUAAGGGGUUUACCCAGGACAGCUUGCAAACAGCGCUUCAUUUCUCCAAACCCCAGUUCCUCCUUCAUAAAAUGGAGCUAAUGACACUGAUGUCACUGGGGGUGCUGACAGGCAAACAAGAUAAAGCCCACCAGGUACACAUAUGCUUCCAUCCCCUCGCAGAGCCUCAGUUUUCCCAUCUGUAAAAUGAAGCCCUCUCAGGCUGUAGAUCCAACUCCUGCAGAGCAGGUUGGAUGCCUCUGCCAGCUAGGAGGGCACAUCAUUAGCAAGGGGCAGGGGCUGCUCUCCUUUCCUACUGAGUUCAAGAUCCCACUGGACUGGCAUCAUCAGUUGUGGCCUCUGUCCCUCCCUUCCUCGGCCUGAGCAGACACAACCUGGCAAAAGGAACCCUGGCAGGGCCCUUGGGGGUUGCCCUCAGUAAGCCUCAGUGGCAAGGGCGAUGCCAGGUAAGCCAUGCCAGGAAUGCUCAGCUACUUGGCAAGCACAGCAGAGCAUGGCCUUUCCCUGGUUCCGGCUCUCCUCCCUGCUACUGCGUUCCAUGGGGCCACAGAUGCCCUGGCUGUGGGGGUUGAGGCAGACCAGAUGUCCGUUUCAGGCCACCAUGCUCCAUGCCAGAAGGACAGUACAGCAGGGCCCGAUGCUGACGCAGCCCUGGAACCCUAGACUUUGGCACUAAGAGGGAGGCAAGGGCAGGAGAGCAGGUGGAGAGGAGCCAUCUGGCUCCUCUCCUGAAGGAAAUGCCUUUGAGCCAUAGACUAGCCCAGGAGCAUCUGGCUGCUGGGGUGGCCUGUGCCCUGCUCCCCACGAGGCUGGCAGCAUAUGGCUGCCCUUGCUCACUCAAGCCACACACCAAGCAAAAGCCCCUCUCCCAUUGCCCACACCCACAGGGAAGCCAGUUGUCUGGACACUUGGAUGCAAUUCUGGGCAGCCUGGAUGCUUGUCUGGCUUCUCGCCUGAGAAGCAGCAUCCGGCCCUGGGAAAAGCACAGGCUUCUCAGCCACCAAGAUCUGAAUCCCAGAAAUCAUGUCUGCGCAAAGGAGAAAAUCAGUAAUUGUUGUUCACAGUGCACACUUCACGCCAGAAGAGCCCCCCAGAUGAGUGGGAGGAAUUCUAGAGACCCCAUUCUAGAGGGGGCCCACCCUCUUCCACUGUGCCUCAGGUGCCCAUCCUCAGCACUGCACUGUAUGGUUGUAGUCACUUCUCUGUCCCUCCCACCAGACUGAGAACCUUGAAGGCAGCACCAGAUCUGCUCACACAGUUCAGCACCCAGCAGAGUGCCAGGCAUGCGGGAGGGACUGCCAGCAACAGCCAGUGACAUCUGGAGACCAAAGGAUUCUGAGCUGAGGAUGACAGUGUUUGGAGGAAUAGGGCUC